AACUCGGCUUCGGCUGAGUUCGGUUUUUCUAGUGUUACUUCGUGGCCGACGCUUACCAACAGUUGUUUCUGGCGUCAGCGUACCGCUAAUUCUCAUUUCCGUUUUCGCGUUCGAAGCAUUCACUAGGUGCUCGGUGCACGUGUUUGUUACUGGUUAUUGAAAAUAAGCGAAGUGAUAUUUAACUAAAACUCACGCCUGUUUGUAUAAGCCACUUCGAAAAAUAGUUCAAUACAAAGAAAUACGUAUUAUUGAAUCACGCAGAAAAUGGAGAACGGUAACGACGUGGCGAAGGCCCAAGAGCAGACCAACGCCACCGUAAGUGAGGUUAAAGAUAACCCGGCUAAGGAUACUCCGACCGGCGAGCAGAAAACUGGCGAUGAACCCAAUCCAGAACUUUUGGCUAAAGUCCGAAACCAGAUUGAGUUCUACUUUGGCGACGUGAACAUGCAGCGGGACAAAUUCUUGAUAGAACAGUCCAAACUAGAUGAGGGUUGGAUUCCAAUGUCAGUUCUGCUAAAGUUCAAGAUGCUAGCAUCGAUGACCACUGAUCUUGAAACUAUUAUCAAGGCGUUAGCUAGCAGUGAACUAAUGGAAGUUUCCGAAGAUAAGAAGAAGCUUCGACGCUCUCCUACUCAUCCUCUACCAGUUUUUGAUGAAGCCUACCGAAAAGCUCAAGAGGAGCGAACUGUGUAUGCCAAAGGCUUUCCUCUGAACAACACAAAUAUUGAGAAACUCAAAAUAUUUUUCCAGCCUUAUGGACCUGUGGAAAACAUUGUGAUGCGCAAGUACCAAGACAAGGAGAAAAAACUCCAGUUCAAAGGUUCUAUUUUCGUUCAAUUCAAAACACUCGAACUUGCGACGAGUUUUAUGGAGAAGGAGUCCCUCAAAUACGACGAUACUGAACUGAUAAGAAAAUGGUCAUCAGACUACUAUAUAGAAAAAACUAAAGAAAAGGAAGAAAGAAGACUGAAAAAGGCAGAGAAGACUGGCAAAAAAGGAGACAAAGAAGCUGAUGAGGCCGAAGGGGAAGAAGACACAGAGGAUGGAGAGAAAGAAAAAGUUGAGAAGGGAUUGCCCAAGGGGUCUGUGAUCCAUUUGUCUGGCCUUUCUGAAGAAACCACUCGAGAAGAUAUCAAGGAACGUCUAGGAGCCUUAGAAGGGAGAGUUGCAUUCAUAGACUUCAAAAAGGGUGACGUGGAGGGCUGGGCUCGACUCCAGGGUGAUGAAGCAGCACUCCCAGUUUUCGAAAAGAUGGAAAAUGGGAAGCUUCUAAUCAGCGGCAAAGAAGUAACUUGCAGGAUUUUGGAAGGCGAAGAAGAGGACAAAUACUUAGCAAAAGCCAAAGAGGAGAUGGCAAAUCUCCGACAGAAAUAUGACCACAAAGGAAAACGUGGCGGCCGAAGAGGCGGCCGAGGCGGAUACAGAGGUGGACGCAAAAGGAGAAACAGCCCAAAUCGAGAUAAGCAACAGCCUCCAGCAAAGAAGGUCGCAGCGGCCGAGUAACUGACUCUCAUACAACAGGCAAGUUAACACCGUCGUUAGAGAGGAGUCGUGAAUCAUAUAAAUAUCUAUAUAUAAUAUAUUAUAUAUAAAUAUAAAAUAUACUACAUUACAACAAUGUAAUAACUUCAUUGGCGAUGUAUAGUAUUUUUUCAAUUCUCGAGACACCUUCAAAUAAUUUGAAGACAAAAAUAUUACUGAAGACUGCAUUCAUUUGAGUUUAUUGUGGCGAAUAUGACCGCAGCGUUUGUCAUUCUGCUUCCUUCCUUUGUUUAUUAUGUAUCGUUCAUAAUAUAUUAGGAUAAUGUAUUAAUUUAACAGAAUGUAAUUAAAAGUUGGCUUAUAUUUCUUAUACAUGAACUGCACAGUUACUUAUUAUUGACCUACUUCUCUUGCAACGAAAUCCCGGUGAGGUUUGAUCUAGUUUGAACCAGGUAUGUACAUGUGCCCGGUUUUCGGCAUGAAGGUUUAGUAUUUUGACUCCCCUCCGCGAUCAUCAUUCCAGAAAGCACACGCACGCGCACCCCCCUUCCCCCCCUCCAGUGGUAUGGCGGAAAUUAGAGAUUAAAAUAAAUUAUUUCAAAUUCUCCGCUGUCAGUUUACAUUCAAAAGACUUUGUAUUUGCUUGUAUGUACAGGAUUUGAUAAUUAGCCUACCUAAUUAUACGUAGGACUUAUUCGAUUGACGUAUUAUUUACAUGAUCGCGUUAGUAUAUUCGUCGUAUAUAAUUAUAAUCUAUAUUCAUAUGUAUAGGAACACGCUUGGUGCAACUACCCGGCGAAAAAAGCAGUUACUUAAGAAAUAGGGGGAAAACAACGUGUAAUAUUCGGAACUUCAAUACCAAAUUAUAAACGCAUAGGUGCAUAUGCAAGUUCGUAUUUAUCGCGUCAUUACAAUUUACGUCGGAGACUAAAUGAUAUCAACAAAAUGUCGCAGGUACAAAAACGGCCUAUACAACCAUCCAAAUUGCGACUUUUGAAUAGCUCGACAUCAAUUUUCAGAAACAUCUCUCAUAAGUGGAAGAAAGACAGCGAUUUUAGCUUCGUACAAUUCACCCUACUACAGAAUUAUUUAACUGCAUUUACUCACAAAAUAAUAUUAAAAUUAACAAUCACAAUUACAAUUUCCCACCUAUGCCUUUAUAAUCAGUGAUAUAUUUAUUAGUAUGUGGUAUACAUAUACUAUAGGCUGUCGGCAGUUUCUUUAAUUUCUGUAACCUACCAAUUUGGUUUUCGAAUAUUUCAGUUAAGAAAAACAGUAUUUAAAUUCUGUAGAUAAUAGACAUUGCGACACCCUGUAUAUGUGUGCGAUCUCUUAUAAUAUAAAUUUCUUAACUCUGUUAUCUUUUGGACAGCAUGUAUAAAAUCCGCAGUAAUAUCAACGAGCUAUGAGCCUGGAAUUUACCAAAAAUAAUUCCAGGGUUUCAUUUUUCACGUGCAACGAAUUUCUGCGCAUAUGAGAUGAUGAACAAAAAAUGCAAUAUUCCAAGGAAACUAGCACAAAGUGCCAUAAGUGUAUCAAAACAAUACUCAUGAUGUUCAUUUAUAAAUAUUAUUGACCAAAAGAAAUCGAAAACUAUCAGAUUUAACACAUGUUCUAUGUUCUUUAAUAAACGUCUGUAAACGACUCAACGUUGACGAGUUGAACAGCGCUGAAAAUUGUCCAAAAUUACUCGUAUAGAAAACAAGUAUCAUUUAUGACGGCGAAUGAAUUCCCUGGCAAAUUUUUACAUUCGUAAACGCAACGUAUCAUACUUGAAUACAGACUAUACAAACUAAUAAAAUAAAUAAGAAUUCAAUAUUUCCAGCGCACUUUAUAAAAUACGCACACAAUGAAUGCAACCAUAAUAAUCAUUCUCUCCAUUAUUUUCAUACAGUCUAACAACGUUCUUAAAACCUCCCACGUACUUUCAAAAUAAGAACAGUGCUCACAUGACCCAAUCACAAAUGGAAAAAAUUACUACCCAAUGGCCGAACUAACUAAUACUAAUUGCAGACAAAGGAGCAUUAUCAAACAAAAAUUUAUAUAGGAACGUUGUCAGGGUUGCUACAUAAAUGAGAAUUCAAAUCUGUUCGCUUUCUCGACUAUCAGGUUAUUUUUUGUUUAUCUAAAUCUGACGAUUAGUCGAGAAUUCAGCCCUAAUAAGUCCUAGGAGAUCUCAAAAAAUGUGGUUAGCUUUGAAAAGUUGUCAGUGAGAGAACGUUAGCGGAAUGGUUUUCAAUAAUGAAUAUUUUUCCAAAAAUGGGCCAAACAGCAAGAAUUUUUCAACUUGUAAUCGAAAUCAUUUCAUUAAGUUCAAUGGAAGGCCUGCUUUUUCCGAAGAUCACAA